GCGCCAUGAACCGCCCGGGGCUGCUGGGGCUCCUCUCCGCGCUGGCGCUGCUGGGCUGCUGGGAGCCUGGUGAUGCCUUAACGUGCUCUGAUAAGCAGUAUGAGUACAAGGGCAGGUGCUGCAACCGGUGUCAGCCAGGGGAAAAGCUGGUCUCUGAGUGCAGUGAAACAGAAAAGUCUGUCUGCACCCUGUGUGAGGACGGGCACUAUCAGCAGGGCUGGACCAAGGAGAAGCACUGUGCUCCUCAUGAAGUCUGUGAACACCACGCCGGGCUCAUCGUGAAGACACAUGGAAAUGCCACACACAACACGGUGUGCCAGUGCCAGCCUGGCACGCACUGCUCGGACACCAGCUGCCAGACCUGCGUGGAGAACCAGCCCUGCCAGCCCGGCUCCGGCUUCGUGGCAGCCAAGGCCAUGGAAAGGAAGACAUCCCCCUGCGAACCCUGUGCAGAAGGCACCUUCUCCAGCAUCUCUUCUAAAACUGAGCCGUGCCAUCCAUGGACAAGCUGCGAGGAAAAGGGGCUGGCUCUGAAGGUGGAAGGGACAAACACCUCGGAUGUGAUCUGUGAGUCGAGCAGGCGCUCCUCGCUGUCGGUGCUGAUCCCCAUCACGGCCGCAGUCGUCACAUGCCUCGUGGGCGUCUGCAUCUACUGCCUGGUCCACACAGAUUCCAGACGACGGGUGCAGAAGGAGGCUGGGAUGCCCGGAGAGAACGCAGAUACCCAGCAGCCCACGGAGGUGGAUGAGAAUGUCUUGCCUGUGCAGGAGACCCUACUCAGGGGCCAGCCCGUGGCCCAGGAGGAUGGCAAGGAGAGCCGCAUCUCGGAGCAGGAGAUGGUGUGAGGGCGCACCAUCCAGCAGGAGCACAGACUGGGAACAGCACCAUCUCCUCUGUCCCCUCUCCAGCUGGGGAGGAAAUCUGGCAUCUGGCCUGGCUGCAAGUGAUGUGAUGCUGCAGUGGACCAUGGCACGACCACCCCACGGGAAUACUGCCACAGCCAGCGCCUGGUCUGGCCACCUGCCCAGGGCUGCCCUGGUGGAGCGAGGCUUGGCUACCCGCACAGGGACAUGGAACAAGGCUCUGUCCCAUCCUGCUGCCCAACCAGGUGCUGCAGUGAAGCCCAGCGUGGCUGCUCCCCUGCUGACCCCUGGCAGAGCCUGGUGCACCCUCCAGGGCUGCCACAGCAGGGUGUGACAGCUGAUGGUGACACCGCAGCUCAGAGUCUCCCUGCAUGCUGGGCAUGCCAUGGCCAGGAGUGGGGGCUGCAGGUGUGGGACCACCACGGCUCAGCCGCCUGUCCAGGGGGCUGUGGAAGUGCCACCCGUGCUGGAGCGGGGCCCGGCGGGUGCUGCUGCCAGGGCAGGGCACCGGGUACCUCGAACCGGCUCGGUCCCCCAGUGCCUCCCAGCGCUUCUGGGCUCCGUGGGAUGAACCGGCGGGCCCGCGGCUCAGCUCUGGGACGGGGCGGGGGUCGGGUUCGGGUUCGGAGCGCGGACACCGGCGUGCGGCGGCCGGGAGAUGGUGCUGCGGGACCGGCGCGGGCUGCGCGGGGCGGCACCGGCACCGCCCGCCCCCGCCCCGCCCCGCGUGGGCUCCGGGCGGGUUCGGGGGGCACUGGACCCGGGACUGCCCAGUGCGGGCCCCCCUCCCGCGGCUCCCCCGCGCACCCGCCGGUACGUGCGGGAGCGGCCGCGCUCCGUCACCCUC